UCAACAGGCCACAGCGAAGGAAUCGUCCCCUCCACUCAAACUACCUCAAAAAUCCCCUCAUCCCUACCACCUAGACCACCCGUAGGUGGCUGCCCUAACACACCACGCUCCUCCACAGUCGCUCUGCUGAAGCUCACAACCAACCAUUGCGCUUGUGUAGGGGGGUCAAGAGGGAGAUGGUGUGCGUGGGCGUUGGAACAGGGGCGUUGGGCUCAGUCAUCUGCAAGCUCGCCACCUUGCUCGGCGACGAGUACACGAUGCUCAAGAGGGUGCGCAAGGACAUCGCGUUCCUAGAGCGCGAGCUGCGCAGGAUGCAGAUCCUGGUGAACACACUUGCGGACAUGGAGGAGCUUGACGAGUUGGCCAAGGACUGGAGGGGCAGCAUGCGCGACCUCAGCUACGACAUGGAGGAGUGUAUCGACCGCUUCAUGCUCCGCCUCGGCAACGGCAACGCCAAGGUCGGCUUCAUUAAGAAGACCACGCGACGGCUCAAGAGGUUAUUUGCCCGCCAUACCAUCGGGCCACAAAUCAAGGAGCUCAAGGCACGCGUCGCCGAGGAAGGUGAACGGCGGCGGAGACUAAAUCUGGACAACUAUGCUGCUAAUAGUCCAACAAGGACCAUCGCCAUAGACCCCCGGUUGGCUGCAUUCCAUGGGGUGGCCAAGGGCUUGGUGGCCAUUGACGGUCCCAGGGAUCAGGUAAUCUCUUUGUUGACAAGCGAGAGCCUGGAACUGAAAGUGGUGGCCAUUAUUGGGGGUGGGGGGCUGGGAAAGACCACCCUUGCCAUGGAGGUCUACCGCAAGACUGGAGAGCACUUCCAAUGCCGAGCUUCUGUGUCGGUGUCACGCACCCUUGAUCCCGAGAAGCUCUUGAGAGAUUUCCUGUCUCAAAUUGACGAAGAUGCAUUUGGUAAAUGCCAGUCGGAGAGGUGGGAGAAAGACCAACUAAUCCGUCAUAUCCAGCGGAUCUUGACAGGAAAGAGGUACUUCCUUGUUAUCGAUGAUGUAUGGAAAGAACAAGACUGGAAAUUUGUCAAAACAGCUUUUCCUGACAAUAAUAAUGGUAGCAGAAUAGUUGCUACUACACGCAAUACAAAGGUUGCUAAGUCGUGUUGUUCUAACUCUUGUGAUCAGCUCUACCAAAUGCUACCUCUGAACAAUGUUGAUUCCCGAAGAUUGUUCUUUAAGAGAAUUUUCCACUCAGACAGCUCCUCCCCUCCUCAACUAGAAAACGUUUCAGCUAUGAUUUUAAGAAAAUGUGGCGGUCUGCCAUUAGCUAUAAUUACCAUUGCGAGUUUGCUAGCCAAUAAACCUCAAAGCCCAGAUGAAUGGGGGAGACUCCAAGAUUCCAUUGGAACUGGUCUUUCAUAUGAGAGUGAUGAUGGCGGAAAAGAUAUGACACGCAUAUUGUUACUUAGUUAUUGGGAUCUUCCACACUACUUAAAGACUUGUUUGUUGUACUUAUGUAUAUAUCCUGAGGACGAGUAUAUCUCGUGUGAAGAACUAAAAUGGAAAUGGAUAGCUGAAGGGUUCAUUGCUACACAACGAGAAAAUUUGUAUCAAGAAGCAGAGAACUGUUUGAAUGAACUUGUCAACAGGAGCAUGAUCCAGCUAGUUGAUGUUCAAAAUGUUGGUUUUGUACAAUAUUGUCAGGUUCAUGAUAUGGUUCUUGACCUUAUAAUAUCUUUGUCAUAUGAAGAGAAUUUUGCCACUGUUUUAAAUGGUGUAUGCAAUUCUUUGCCAGUCAAGAUCCGUCGACUCUCCCUGCAAUCUCGUGGGCUUGAACAAAAAGGGGCAAUCAAUGCCAUCACAAGAAGCAAGUUACAUGUUCGCUCAUUGAAUGUGUUUGGAGAAACAAAGGAGAUACCCCGCCUUGUGGACUUCCAGUCCUUGCGCGUGUUAGAUAUAUGUGAGGGUUAUUUGUCAUGGGAAAACAAGCAUAUAAAAAAUAUAGGAUCUUUCUAUCAACUGAGGUAUUUGAGAAUUCACAGGCAAAGAAUCACAGAGAUUCCUGAAGAUAUUGGAAACCUACAGAACUUAGAUACUCUCGAUUUGCGGGGCACUUCAAUUAGAACACUGCCAUCAAGUAUUGCCAGGCUACAAAAACUUGUGCGCCUAUUUGUUGACAACAACUUUGAGUUUGUGUUCUCUGCAGAUAUGUUUGGGAGCAUGCCAGCCCUGGAGGAAGUGUCAGAUAUCUGUGAAGUUGACAACCCUGAGAAAUUUUUGGAAGAGCUUGGACAUCUAACAAAAUUGAGGAAAAUCUCGAUGAGUGGGUUAUGGACUUGGCCUGUGGAUUUUAGAUGCUAUGGAGGAAGACUGGGGUCAUCUCUAAAUGAGUUGGGCAAGUACAACCUUCGAUAUCUUCAUACUCAUGAAAAAAUUGGAGAAUAUUUGUUCAGGGAUCAGUGCUGCAACUUUCUUGGCCUACAACAUCUUAAACUUGAGCAUAAGGUGAAAAGUGUUCCCAAGGGAAUCGCCUCCCUAACCAACAUCCACAAAUUACAGAUAGAAGUCAGACUAUUUGAUGAGGAAGGUCUCCAUAUUCUCAUGGGCCUGCCUUCCCUGGCCUAUCUCCAACUAGUGGUAUCAAACUCGGAUGGCGUCAUGACUGUAACUAGUGAUGGAUUCAAGCAGCUAGAGGUGCUCCACUACAGUAUUACUGUGCACGAAGCAACCGGGAUAAAAUUUGCAGCGGGUGCAAUGCCAGCACUCCGACGGCUCCAUCUUUCCUGGACGGCAUGGCGUGUUAUGUUGAGAUAUAGUGAUGGUGCUGACAUGGGCAUCGAGCAUCUUUCAAGGCUUGCGCACAUGCAGGUCGAAACUAAUUGUUCGCGUGCAACUCUGAACGAGGUGCAGGCUGUUGAGGGCUCCGUUGAAAAAGCAAUCACCGGGCAUCCCAACUGUCACAGUCUUCAACUGCAGAUUCGUAGAAAAUUUGAAGAUAUGAUGUUUAAGGAUGAGGAGGGGAGAGAAGAGACAAGGAAAAGGCAUAGAAGGGCAGGUGAAUAUGUACAUUGGUGACACAUUGUAAGGCUCCGUCCGCAGCCGCAACCUGCAAGAAGACCAAGAGAUGACAAGUAUUAUGAAACGGAGGGAGUACAUGAUUGUUUGUCCAACUUCAUUCCAGAAUAUUGAAACUUGCCACACAUGUACCAUAUGUUCUAGCUUGAACCUUUUGUUACAUUGUGCAUUCGUAAAAAGGUAGUUUGGCACACCAGGUUUUUCGUCCCAUAGUUUGUAUUCGAGUACGAGUGCGGACAGUGUGUUCUCCAUGAUAUGCAUAAAACACAUAACCUACUUUCUUGUUCCGUA